AUGGAGUUGCACGGCACGCGGCUGUUGACGCUAGAGGGGAGAGUGGGCCUGGCGGAGAACAAGCUGGUUGGCUGUGAGAGGACUGUGGUGGAGUUUGGGAACCAGCUGGAGAGCAAGUGGGCCGUGCUGGGGACGCUGAUCCGGGAGUACGGGCUGCUGCAGCGGCGGCUGGAGAACAUGGAGAACCUGCUGAAGAACAAAGAUGUCUGGAUCCUAAAACUCCCCCCAGGUGCCCAGGGCGAAGUCCCCAAGGUCCCUGUGAAGUUCGACGAGGUCUCGGGCUGUUUCUCCGGGCAGGAGUGGGGGGUUUUGGAGCAACGGCAGGAGGAGCUUCACAGGAACACAGAGAGGAGCCACUAUGAGACGUUGAUCUCGCUGGACCAUGCUGCUUCCACGCCUGAUGCUCAGUCCUGGAUCGAAGCCCGGGAGGAGCCUCGUGUCCAGGGAGGGCAGGGCUCUCCAAAGAGAGAAACCCCGACGGCGCCCAGCACAGGGUCUCCCUCUUCUCCUUCCCAGGAGAGCACCUGGAUUAAACAAGAGGAGACGCCCUGUGUGGAGAGCCAGGGGGGCCUGGAGGAGAGAGACUUCCCUCCAGCUCUCAGCCAGGAGGCGCAGCCGGGAGAGGGGCCGUAUAUAUGCAGUGACUGCGGGGCUAGCUUUGUCUGCCAGCAGCUGUUCACAGCGCACCAGAGGAUCCACGCAGCCCAGGGAGCCAGUGGAGAAGGCCUCGCUCAGAAAUCCAACCUCCUGCCUCCCCAGAGAAGCCAGGCCCUGGCAGACACAAAGCCCUGUGGGUCCCCUGAGGGCGAGAGGAGCGUCAGCGCCAACGCCAGCCUUCUCAAGCAGCAGCCCGGCCAUGGCGAGAGGCCGUACGUCUGCGCGAGGUGCAGGAAGAGCUUCCGGCUGAAAAUCAGCCUCCUCGUCCACCAGCGGCUCCACACGGAGCCGGGCGAGGGCGGGCUGCUUUGCACGGCCUGCGGGAAGAGCUUCAGCCACCCCCCCCAGCUGGCCCGGCACCAGCGCAGCCACACGGGAGAGCGGCCCUACCCAUGCCCCGCCUGUGAGAAGCGCUUCACGGAGAAGUCCAAGCUCACCAACCACUUCCGCACACACACCGGGGAGAGGCCCUACGCCUGCGCCCAGUGCGGCAAGCGCUUCGUCCGCAAGCACCACCUGCUGAAGCACCAGCGCGUGCACACGGGCGAGCGGCCCUACCCGUGCCCCGAGUGCGGGAAGCGCUUCACCCAGAAGAAGCGCUUCACGGAGAAGUCCCAGCUCACCAACCACUUCCGCACGCACACCGGGGAGCGGCCUUACGCCUGCGCCCAGUGCGGGAAGCGCUUCGUCCGCAAGCACCACCUGCUGAAGCACCAGCGCGUGCACACGGGCGAGCGGCCCUACCCGUGCCCCGAGUGCGGGAAGCGCUUCACCCAGAAGUACUACCUGGCCGAGCACCGGCGGCUGCACACAGGCGAAAAGCGCUUCGUCCGCAAGCACCACCUGCUGAAGCACCAGCGCGUGCACACGGGCGAGCGGCCCUACCCGUGCCCCGAGUGCGGGAAGCGCUUCACCCAGAAGUACUACCUGGCCGAGCACCGGCGGCUGCACACAAACCCCUUUGUACACAAGGGCGACAAGGUUGGUGAGGCUCUUGAAUGGGACAUGGAGUCUCAGGAUCUGUCACUCGAACAGCCCCUUGCUGUCCCUGAACCAACUUCUCUGGAAGAAACGGAUCUUCAGGCGGCGGAAAUUUCCCUUACAGUAGUGGCUGAAAUCCAAGCUGUGGACAGGAAGGUUGAGGUGCAGGCAGCACAACUCAUGAAUCUGGAGGGAAGAAUGAGGAUGGCAGAAACAAAACUAGUGGGUUGUGAGAAGACAGCAGUCGAGUUUGGGAACCAGCUGGAGAGCAAAUGGACUGCGCUGGGAACUCUGAUCCAAGAGUAUGGGCAACUGCAGCGGCGGCUGGAGAACAUGGAAAACCUGCUGAAGAACAGGAACUUCUGGAUCCUUAGACUCCCCCCUGGCGCUAAUGGAGAAGUCCCCAAGGUCCCGGUGACUUUCAACAACGCCUCGUUUAAUUUCUCUGAGCAGGAGUGGAAGAGCUUGGACGAAUGGCAGAAGGAGCUUUACAGGCACAUCAUGAAGGGCAACUACGAGGCUGUGAUCUCUCUGGAUGCUGCCAUUUCCAAACCCGACCUUCUGUCCCGGAUUGAACGAGGGGAAGCACCCGGUGUAGGAAAUCAGGGUGACUCUGAGAGCAGACAAAUCCCUGAAGACCCCAGCCUGGAAUCUCCCGGUUCUACUGCCAGCGAGAGCAUGUGGAUUAAACAUGAGGAGUUGCCUGUGGCAAAUCAGGGAGUGUCUGAAGUUGGCGGGAUCCCCACCGACCCUGGCACAUACGAGCAACAGCAGUGCGGGGAGGAAGGCCCUGCAAACCUAGAUCUUCCCAGCCUGUUACCAGGAGACUGGGAAGAGCUUUUCACCAGUCCUGAGGAGGAAUUGACCCAGGAGAGCCAGGCCAGCUCAGCGAUGCCACAGAGAAGCCCUCCCGGGAGUGGGCUGCGGCGAUCUGCUCGCCGAGGAAGAGAUUUAACGAAAAAUGUCUCUGAGGAAGCGCACACAGCAGAGGGGCCGUACAUAUGCUGCGAGUGCGGGGAAAGCUUUGUAGACAAACAGCUUUUUGCCACACAUCAGAGAAUCCAUGCAUCAGGGGGAGCCUGCACUUCCCUGGAGCAUGGAGAAAACAUGAGACAGAAACCCAAAGUCUCAACGCCUCCUAGACCCCCGGCGCCAGUCCGUUCAAAACCCUCCAAGCGCCCUGAGCCGGAGAAAAGCUCCAAUGUCAAAUAUGGCUUUGUAAAACACCAGGCAAACCAUAUGGUGGAGAGGCCAUAUACAUGCACUCAGUGCAGGGAGAGCUUUAGUUUGGAGGUGAGUCUUAUCUUACACCAGAAACUUCACACGGGGAAGGGAGACGGGCCCCUGACAUGUACGUAUUGCGGCAAGGACUUCCGGGACCUCUCCAAAGCUAUCCGGCAUCAACGGAUCCACACAGGAGAGCGCCCGUAUCAGUGCACAGAGUGUGGGAAAAGCUUCAUCCGCAGGGAUCAUCUCCUGAAGCACUGGCGGGUGCACACAGGGGAGACGCCGUAUCAGUGCCCCGUCUGCGGGAAGAACUUCCGAUACAAGGAGUCACUGAACUGCCACCAGAAAAUUCACACUCGGAGCCCCCGGCCUAUGGAGGGCUCAGGGCAGCUGGAGAUGGGAACCCAGACUGCCAUCCUCAAUGCUCUAGAAUGGGACAGUCACAGGGGGCCCCAGCCUCGUGCUCUCCCGUGCCGAGCGUCCGGGAGAGAGACCCAGCUGCAGGCAGAGGAGAUCUCCCUGACGCUGGGGGCUGCCAUCCAAGCCACGGAGAGGAAAGUGGACGCUCAUGCCAUCCGGCUGUUGAAUCUGGAAGGGAGAAUGGGGACGGCCGAGAAAAAGCUGAUAGGGUGUGAGAGGACCGUGGUGGAGUUUGGGAACCAGCUGGAGAGCAAGUGGGCCGUGCUGGAGACGCUGAUCCAGGAGUACGGGCUGCUGCAGCGACGGCUGGAGAACAUGGAGAACCUGCUGAAGAACAGGAACUUCUGGAUCCUGAGGCUGCCCCCAGGUACCAAGGGGGAGGCACCCCAGGUCCCGGUGCCCUGUGAUGACGUCUCAGGCUGUUUCCCCGAGCGGGCGUGGGAGAGCUUGGCAGAGUGGCAGAAGGAGCUGUACAAGAACGCGGUGAAGGGGAACUACGAGGCCCUCAUCUCGCUGGUGGAGAGCGAGGUGGUGGUCAAAGUGGAGCUGGAGAACCCCGAGGAGGAGCCGGAGCACUUAGAGCUCCAAAGGACGUUGCCGGAAUUGGAGGUUUUCCAGGGUCCGGAGCUGGGAACGGCCCAGGAGGAAGCCCCGUGCAGCCCGGUGGGGGAGCCAGCAGCCCUGGCUGGAAACGACCUGGAGGACCCCUCUCUGCACGUGACGGACUUCCCGGAGCUCAAGCCGCUGCUGAUCCCCCUGCAGACCCGGCCGCCCGCCCCGGGCCAGGCGGGCAGCAAACCCUACCAGUGCUCCGAGUGCGAGCGCAGCUUCUACCACCGCUCCAGCCUGCGGAAGCACCACCUGUCGCACACCGGGGAGCGGCCCUACGCCUGCCCCGAGUGCCGCAAGAGCUUCAAGCAGAAGGUGAGCCUGGUGCUGCACCAGCGGGUGCACGCGGGGCCCAGCGAGGGCUCCUUCAUCUGCACCCAGUGCGGCAAGAGCUUCAGCCACCACUCCAACCUCCGCCGGCACCUGCGCAUCCACACGGGCGAGCGGCCCUACCAGUGCACCGAGUGCGAGAAGAGCUUCACCCGCAACCAGUACCUGGUGGAGCAUCGGCGCAUGCACGCCGGCGAGCGGCCCUACCCCUGCGCCCAGUGCGGCAAGAGCUUCCGCUACAAGCGCUCGCUCUACUACCACCAGAACAGCCACGCGGGCAAGGGCUUCCCCCCGCCGGGCCUGCUGGACCCUGGGCCGGACGUGGGCCCUGUGGUACUGAAGGACAAGCCCUGCUUCCAGGCUGGACAUGGCUCCAUAGGGCUGAGGACAAUUCUGGCUUUGAUCCAGAAGGGGGCAGUUGCUUUUCACCAGCACUAUGUGAUCACCAUGGAGGUGCCCAACCAGAAGAGUUACCAGCUGGUGGUGAGCUCCAUCUCACACCUCACCAGACAGGGGCCGGAGAAGGCUUUCCUAAGUUGGCUUGAGACCUCAGCUCUCACUUUCUGUCCUUGCAUGCAGGUGCAGCAAUGGGACAUGGAGUCCCCUCGCUCGGCUCCUUGGCAGCCCCACGUUGACCCCAGGCGAACGGCUGUAGGAGGAACCCAGCUGCAAACGGCCGAGAUCUCCCUGUGGACAGUAGUGGCUGCCAUUCAAGCCCUGGAGAGGAGGGUGGAUUCCCAUGCCUCCCAGUUACUGAGUCUGGAGGGGAGGACCGGCACAGCGGAGAAGAAAAUAUCUGACGCGGAGAAAGGAAUGACGGAGUUUAGUAACCAGUUGGCCGUGCUGGGGACGCUGAUCCAGGAGUACGGGCUGCUGCAGCGGCGCCUGGAGAACAUGGAGAACCUGCUGAAGAACAGGAACUUCUGGAUCCUGAGGCUGCCCCCAGGCACUAAGGGAGAAGUCCCCAAGGUGCCUGUGACGUUCGACGACGUCUCCGUCUACUUCUCCGAGCAGGAGUGGGGGAAUCUGGACGAUUGGCAGAAGGAUCUUUACAAGAAUGUGAUGAAAGGCAACUACGAGUCAUUGAUCUCGCUGGACUACGCCAUCUCCAAACCAGACCUUCUGUCCCGGAUCGAACGGGGGGAGGAGCCGUGGGGAGGGGAGCAGGAGAACGCUGAAGAGAGAGAGAUCCCGAUGGAGCCCAGCUCAGAGCCGCGGAGCCUUCCGCAUGACGCGGGCCCUUGGGUCAAACAAGAGAAGCAGGACGUCGGGGGCCAGUGGGAGUCAGAGGAGAGAGCGUUCUCGACAGAGCCCCGCCCAGCCGACGAGGUUGGAAUUGAAGCCGAGGAGGGAAUCCCGGUGAGCCUGGAGCUGUACGCCACGGUGCCCAGGCGCCCCGAAGACCAGUCCUCCUGCCAGGAGCCGAUCUGUGACGAUCAGGACGGCGUCAGCAUCCCGGGGAAAUAUCCCGAUGGGACCAGCCUGGAGGGGUUGGCUAUGGGGGACAGAGACUUCGGGAACUUCACCACGAUCAUCGUCCAGGAGGAGAGCCUUCCCGGCGAGGCGCCGUACAUCUGUUCCGAAUGCGGGAAAAGCUUCCUCUACGAGCAGCAAUGCGUGCUGCACCAGCGGAUCCACGACAGGGCCCAGGCGCCUCCCGAGGGCAGGGAGCGCUUCGAGCAGAGCCACCCUCUCCAGCCCUGCCCGCGGAGCCCGCCGGGGGAGAGACUCUAUAGCUGCCCCGAGUGCGAGCAGAGCUUCUCUCACAAGUCGAGCCUCAGCAGGCACCAGCUGUCCCAUGCCGGGGACCGGCCGCACACCUGCGCGGAGUGCCAGAAGAGCUUCCGGCUAAAGAUCAACCUCAUGCUACACCAGCGGAGUCAUGCCGGGAAGAGCCGGGGCUUGUAUAUCUGCAGCGAAUGCGGGAGGGGUUUCAACCACCACUCCAACUUCAUUAGGCACCAGAUGAUCCACACCGGGGAGAGGCCCUACGGCUGCACCGAAUGUGGGAAAACCUUCAUGCGGAAGGAGCAUCUCCUGACCCACCGGCGCCUGCACACGGGCGAGCGGCCCUACCAGUGCCCCGAGUGCCGGAAGAGCUUCACCCGCAAGCAGCACCUGGUGGGACAUCAGCGCAUCCACGUGGGGGAGAAGCUCUGGGGGCCGGCGGCGGCGCGGGAACGCUCGCCCGAGCGGCCGGGCAAAGCGCGCAAGGGGGAGCCGGUCUCCAAGCAUUCGGUGCACAAGGAGUUCCCCCCGUAGGCGCUCUGUUAAACGCUGCCAGGCAUCUCUGGCUGGGGAUCACAAGGCAUCCGAGCAAGGGAGCGAGACCAAGUCAUUGGGUGACAACUGGGGAAGUAAACUUUAGCAGGAUGGUCUGUGGAGAGCGGUGGGAGGUCGUUGCUUUGUGAACACUCGAGUCUAUUCCCACCAUGGCAAAAACCAGCAAGGCGGCCUCAGUGCUCCAUGGGAAGCUUCUUGUGCUCUUCCUGUGUUUCUCUUGCGACUGGAUGACACUUAACGGGACCUCACAAGGCUGCUACUAAUCUGUGAGCAUCGGGAAAUCUGGAGAAAUGUACAUGAGCCCAUUGAAGCAACAGACACUUGGAGGGACGUUUUCAGCAGUGCCUGAGUGACACCGUCAACCUGUGGAACUCCUUGCCAGAGGAUGUUGUGAAGACCAGGGCUUUAGCAGGGUUCAAUAAAGAGCUAGAUAGAUU